UCCCGUCGCGGGCCCGGGCCCGGCUCGCCAUCGUCGGCCAGCGGCCGAAGACGCCGGAGCCCCGAUCGCUCGGACCCGGACUGAGCGGCGAGAUCCCCGUGUUGCCUUCUGCUUCCUGAGGAGAAAGAAGACAGCUCAGGAGAGGUUUUCUUGACGGUCAUCUCAACAGAAGAGCUCUGAGAGAUGGAACCCGAGGAAGAAAGAAUCCGUUAUAGCCAGAGACUGCGUGGCACCAUGCGAAGGCGCUAUGAAGAUGAUGGCAUUUCUGAUGAUGAAAUUGAAGGAAAAAGGACUUUUGACCUGGAUGAAAAACUCCACACCAACAAAUACAAUGCUAGCUUUGUCACCUUUAUGGAAGGAAAAGAUUUUAAUGUAGAAUAUAUCCAGCGGGGUGGCUUGAGAGACCCUCUGAUUUUCAAGAAUUCUGAUGGACUUGGAAUAAAGAUGCCAGACCCGGACUUCACUGUGAAUGAUGUGAAAAUGUGUGUGGGGAGCCGUCGAAUGGUGGAUGUCAUGGAUGUGAACACCCAGAAGGGCAUCGAAAUGACUAUGGCCCAGUGGACCCGCUAUUAUGAGACUCCAGAGGAAGAGCGUGAGAAACUCUAUAAUGUCAUCAGCCUGGAAUUCAGCCACACCAGAUUGGAGAACAUGGUGCAGAGGCCUACCACGGUGGACUUUAUUGAUUGGGUAGACAACAUGUGGCCAAGGCACUUGAAAGAAAGCCAGACAGAGUCCACCAAUGCCAUCCUGGAGAUGCAGUACCCCAAAGUGCAGAAGUACUGUCUCAUGAGCGUCCGGGGCUGCUACACAGACUUUCACGUGGACUUCGGUGGCACCUCUGUGUGGUACCACAUACACCAAGGGGGAAAGGUCUUCUGGCUCAUACCACCUACGGCCCAAAACCUGGAACUGUAUGAGAACUGGCUGCUGUCAGGGAAACAGGGAGACAUCUUCCUGGGUGACCGUGUGUCAGAAUGCCAGCGCAUCGAGCUCAAGCAGGGAUACACUUUUGUCAUCCCCUCGGGCUGGAUUCAUGCAGUGUACACCCCCACAGACACAUUAGUGUUCGGGGGCAACUUUUUGCACAGUUUUAACAUCCCCAUGCAGCUCAAAAUCUACAACAUUGAAGAUCGGACACGGGUCCCAAAUAAGUUCCGUUAUCCAUUCUACUAUGAGAUGUGUUGGUACGUGUUAGAGCGCUAUGUCUACUGCAUCACCAGCCGCUCCCACCUGACCAAGGAUUUCCAGAAAGAAUCCCUCAGCAUGGAUUUGGAGUUAAAUGGUUUGGAAUCUGGAAGCGUAGAUGAGGAGGCUUCAGAGAAGGAGCCGAGGCGCCUGAGCAGCCGACGCUCCAUCCUCACCAGCCCCAUGGCCAACGGAGUCAAUGUGGAUUAUGAUGGGCUGGGCAAAACCUGUAGGAACCUGCCAGGGCUGAAGAGAACCUUGUCGGUGGACUCAUCUUCAGAAUCUGGCCGGAGCUCCCACAACGGUCAAGUGUGGGAUCCUCAGUGUAGCCCCCGGAAGGACAAGCAGAUUCACCUAACUCAUUUUGAGCUGGAAGGUCUCCGGUGCCUUGUCGAUAAGCUAGAGUCACUGCCGUUACACAAGAAAUGUGUCCCAACGGGGAUCGAAGACGAAGACGCUCUCAUUGCUGAUGUCAAGAUACUGCUAGAGGAGCUUGCCCAUAGUGAUCCCAAGUUAGCCCUCACUGGAGUCCCCAUAGUACAGUGGCCCAAAAGGGACAAGCUUAAAUUCCCCACGCGGCCCAAGGUGAGGGUUCCCACCAUUCCUAUCACAAAGCCUCACACCAUGAAGCCUGCUCCUCGACUGACCCCAGUAAGACCCGCUGCCUCGCCCAUCGUCUCAGGAGCCCGGCGGCGGCGGGUUCGAUGCCGGAAAUGCAAGGCCUGUGUCCAAGGCGAGUGUGGUGUGUGCCACUACUGCAGGGACAUGAAGAAGUUCGGGGGGCCUGGUCGCAUGAAGCAGUCAUGUGUCCUUCGGCAAUGUCUGGCACCCCGACUACCUCAUUCGGUCACGUGUUCUCUCUGUGGAGAGGUGGAUCAGAAUGAGGAAACCCAGGACUUUGAGAAGAAGCUCAUGGAAUGUUGUAUCUGCAAUGAGAUCGUUCAUCCUGGCUGCCUGCAGAUGGAUGGAGAAGGACUACUCAAUGAUGAGCUGCCCAAUUGCUGGGAGUGCCCAAAGUGCUACCAGGAGGACACCUCGGAGAAGGUGCAGAAACGUAAAAUGGAUGACAGCGAUGAAGAUGUGGUCCAAGCCAAAGUCCUGCGGCCUCUGCGGAGCUGUGACGAGCCACUCACACCACCCCCUCACUCACCCACGGCCAUGCUGCAGCUCAUCCAUGACCCGGUGUCCCCUCGAGGCAUGGUGACCCGGUCCUCCCCGGGAGCUGGUCCAAGUGACCACCACAGCGCCAGCCGCGAUGAGCGCUUCAAACGGCGGCAGCUGCUGCGGCUUCAGGCCACAGAGCGAACGAUGAUGCGAGAAAAGGAGAAUAAUCCUAGUGGCAAGAAGGAGCUCUCCGAAGUAGAGAAGGCCAAAAUUCGGGGGUCCUACCUCACAGUCACACUGCAGAGACCCACCAAAGAGCUGCACGGAACAUCCAUUGUGCCCAAGCUGCAGGCCAUCACGGCCUCCUCCACUAACCUCCGCCAUUCUCCCCGGGUGCUGGUACAGCACUGCCCCACUCGCACUCCCCAGCGGGGGGACGAAGAAGGCCUGGCCGGAGAGGAGGAGGACGAGGAUGAGGACGAGGAGGAGGAGGACAGUGCAGAGGAGGGCGGGGCAGCCAGACUGAACGGCCGGGGCGGCUGGGCGCAGGACGGGGACGAGAGCUGGAUGCAGCGGGAGGUCUGGAUGUCUGUCUUCCGCUACCUCAGCCGCAGAGAACUUUGUGAAUGUAUGCGGGUGUGCAAGACGUGGUAUAAAUGGUGCUGUGACAAGAGACUCUGGACGAAGAUUGAUUUGAGCAGGUGCAAGGCCAUCGUCCCUCAGGCUUUGAGUGGCAUCAUCAAGAGGCAGCCCGUCAGCCUGGACCUCAGUUGGACCAACAUCUCCAAAAAGCAGCUCACCUGGCUUGUCAACAGGCUUCCCGGCCUGAAAGAUCUCCUCCUAGCAGGCUGCUCCUGGUCUGCGGUCUCUGCUCUCAGCACCUCCAGCUGCCCCCUUCUCAGGACCCUGGACCUUCGGUGGGCCGUAGGAAUCAAAGACCCUCAGAUUCGAGACUUGCUGACCCCGCCGACUGAUAAGCCUGGUCAGGACAAUCGCAGCAAGCUCCGGAAUAUGACUGAUUUUCGGCUGGCCGGCCUGGACAUCACUGAUGCCACCCUCCGCCUCAUCAUCCGCCACAUGCCGCUUCUGUCUCGACUCGAUCUCAGUCACUGCAGCCACCUUACAGAUCAGUCCUCCAAUCUGCUAACAGCCGUGGGCUCUUCCACACGCAACUCCCUCACAGAAAUCAAUAUGGCAGGUUGCAAUAAGUUGACAGACCAGUCCCUGUUGUAUCUACGGCGCAUCUCUAACGUCACCUUGAUUGACCUUCGAGGCUGCAAGCAGAUCACCCGGAAGGCCUGUGAGCAUUUCAUCUCAGACCUGUCCAUCAACAGCCUCUACUGCCUCUCUGAUGAGAAGUUGAUCCAGAAAAUCAGCUAAAGCCCACUCAGCCCCAGACUGAACAGGAAACAGAAACCCCCCCUCCCACUCCCCACUGUGGAGAGCUGCUCCCCCCAUUCUGCACAGGCUUCGAGGCCGGCCUCCCACUCCCUCUGCUCUCCAUCCCUGUACCCCUUCCAGCACAGUAGGAGAGGGGCAGAGAGGCCGUUCCUGCUGCACAGGGAUGACCCACCUGCUCCCUUCUGUCCUUCCUUCCUUCCCUCCCUCAUUCCUUCCCUCCCUCUGUUGAAAAAGGGAUAGGAAAAAAAAUCACAGGAGGUGCUGUUGAGGUGCUCACUUGGAGACCAAGCUCACAGUUGGGGGUGCCGUGCCAACUUAAUCAGCACAAGCCCCUGCCCCACCUAGGCCACCCUCGCCCCUCCUCCUUCCAUCUCCCAGCAGGGCCUGGGCCGAGCAUUGGUCCUGGGAAGGAAGCAGUUUGCACUGCUGCAGAGAGGGGCCCUGCCUCAGUGGCUAGACUUCUCCUGGGGUGUUCGGUGGCGUGUCUGCUCCGUCAGGCUCUGCCCGGCUUAUGCAGAUGGUGACACUGGCCACCGGAAGGCCAGCCCCUGCAAUCACACUGGUGCUGUUGAAUUUUGAAACCUCCUCCACGUCUGUCCCCACCCUGUGCAGCUUGACACUGUCUGAGGCUCAUAGCUCAACAAACACCGUCUCCCUGUACUUUGCCCUGGGUCCACAUUACGUUGCUGUGCACUUAAUCGGCUGCCGCCCUGUGGACGUGCCGGGGCUGACUCUGUUGAGAGCCCAGAGCAGCCAUGUUGGGGCUGGGGGUGGCGGGGAGGACUCCUGGGCCCAGCUCUAACCACACUAUCCCCUUGCUGAAGCCUCUCUCCUCUUAUUCCCCUCUUCCCCCAAGAUGCUUUUUUGUCUUUCUCUGAAGAGGGCUUUCCCAGGGUGUGUGUGCUUGGAGGGAGCGUGUGGCUUCCACAGCGCUGGGA